GAGGCCAGAGACUGAGCUUCUCGCAGGCGUCUCCGCCCAGGGCAACGGCGCGGCAGACCGAGGCGCGGCGGGCGGGCAGCACGCUCGAGGAGAGGAUCGACAGGGACGGCGUGACCAAAGACCUGGUCGUGGGCUACCUGAAGAAGGAAAUCAGCGAGCAGGAGGCCUGCAUGCAGCUGCCUUGGGCCGUUUUGGUCUUCUUCUGCUUCUGCUUGGCGAUGUUCAACCACACAGGUAUCUUCAACAAGUACGCCUUGGAUUUGGCCACACGCUUUAACAUCGAGGAGAACGCCAACUUCGCUUUCACCGGCACUCUUCCCUUCGAGAACGGCAGGAUGGGCAACAAGGACAUCUACGACGUCAAUAGCUACGCCGACUUCUGGUCCUGGCUGAAUCUCGGCCUGGCGCUUGCCGCUG